AUGUCUGAAACUCCAAUUGAUAUAGUUAUUAGUGGUCUUCAGACACAAAUCUCUGAAUUAAAAGAAAUAAUUUCUGGAUUAAAUAAUGAUCAAAAUACUUCUUCGACAGCACAAACGGCACAAACAGCACAAGUAAGAUCUAUAGAAAAUGAACGCAAUGCUUUACAAAUUGAAAAUUCUAAAUUAAAUUAUCAGAUUACUCAUCUGUUGCGUGCUUUAAAUAAAAAAGAUAAUGAAAUCUCUUUGCUCAGAAAGGAUCUUAAUAAAUCAGGGUUCAAAUGA